GGAGGUAACUGAGAGGCAAAGGUCAGUGCGCUGCGCACACCACUCAGACCUGGCUCCUGGACCCCCUUACGGACUGGCCCCGUCCCCUCAGUCUCUGACGCGAGCCAGCCAAUCCGGGCAGCCCGCGGUGACGCGUAGCCUAUCAGCGGACAGGGCUCGCCGGGCGCUUCCGCGUUCUCGAGCGCGCCUGGUCCGAGUCGGCAGGGGGAGGGGGCGAGGGCGACUGACUGGGAUCUCACCCGCGUCCCACCCCAUCCGGCGCGACCCACCUGCGGGGGCCCGUCCGCUGCCUCCCAGGGGACCCGAUGGCCUCGGAGGGUCUGGCCGGGGCGCUGGCGGCGGUGUUGGGGGGCCAGGGGCUGAGUGUGCACAGCUGUGACUCGGAACCGGCCGAGGAGCCGCCGGCGCCGGUGCGGCUGCGGAAGAACGUCUGCUACGUGGUGCUGGCCGUGUUCCUCAACGAGCAGGAUGAGGUGCUACUGAUCCAGGAGGCCAAGAAAGAGUGCCGUGGGUCCUGGUACCUACCCGCGGGGAGAAUGGAGCCUGGGGAGACCAUCGUUGAGGCACUGCAGCGGGAGGUGAAGGAAGAGGCUGGGCUGCACUGUGAGCCUCUGACGUUGCUGUCUUUGGAGGAGCGGGGCCCCUCCUGGAUCCGCUUUGUGUUCCUCGCUCAAGCCACAGGUGGAAUUCUCAAGACUCCCAAGGAGGCAGAUGCAGAGUCCCUGCAGGCUGGCUGGUACCCUCGGACCUCCCUGCCCACUCCGCUGCGAGCCCAGGACAUUCUGCACCUGGUGGAGUUAGCUGCCCAGUAUCGCCAGCAAGCCAGGCACCCUCUUAUUCUGCCCCAGGAGCUUCCCUGCAGUCUGGUCUGCCAGCGGCUUGUGGCCACCUUUACCAGCGUCCAGACAGUGUGGGUGCUGGUGGGCACAGUGGGGAUGCCUCACUUGCCCAUCACUGCCUGUGGCUUCACUCCCAUGGAGCAGAGGGGUGGCAUCAAGAUGGCCAUCCUGCGGCUGCUACAGGAGUGUCUGACCCUUCACCACUUGGCAGUAGAGACCAAGGGGUUGCUUGGACUGCAGCACCUGGGCAAAGACCAUGCAGAUGGCAUCUGCUUGAAUGUGCUGGUGACUGUGGCUUUUCGGAACCCAGGUAUGCAGAGGGAGCCCCCAAAGGUUCGGGGUGAGAACUUUUUUUGGUGGAAGGUGAUGGAGGAAGACCUACAAAGCCAACUCUUACAGAGGCUUCGGGAAUCCUCUGUCGUCCCAGUCAACAGAUAGGAAGGUGCCAUCUCUGUGCAAGGAGCUGGGUGACGGUGCUCCCCCCACCGUGGCUUUGCUUUCCUCUGGGGGAAGCAGGAGGUUGGCAGUCAGGGAUCUGGUGGUGUUGGGAGCAGGCAGGUUGUCUGGUCCCCUGGUUGUCAGGGGAAUUUCCUUCUCCAUGGAGCUGGUCCCUACAUCGCACUGAAAGGACAGUGCCUUUAACCCAACAAGGAUUCCAGAGCUCAAGGACCUAAUUGCCCAUGGGUACCGAUGAGGGCCCUCCUCCCUAAGGGGAUGGAUGUGAGAACCUUCUGAACGUGAGAUGGCUACUCGUCAUCAUGAACCUACUUGUCAUUUUCCAUGCUUGCCUCAGGAAAGGCCUACAUCUGAUUCUCAGGCGCUGAGAACAUGGACUGGGUGCUGAGGGAGGUCAUUCCAAGGGAGUGGGCCCCUUGCUGAGUAAAUACGUGGUACUUAC